AUGAAUAUUAACAAUAUCACAGAAGAGGCGUGCUACUUCCCAUUAAAAUGGGUCGAGAAGUUUGGACUUGCCAUAUUGUGGCAAAAUUUAAUCGGGCAUAUUUGGCGUCAACUGGGUGUUGGUGAAGAUCCCACCGAUAUCAUCUUUCAAAUAGACCAGCAGCGUGUAAAGCUGGUUAAUCUUGGAUUUCGCAUUUGGUGUUUUUUCAUGGUGCAUGAUGAUGACGACGAUGACUUGAGAUAUGCAACGUUGAGAAAUGUUUCAUAUGACGGAAAUUAUUUUGUCGUUAAAAUGAUAACAACUCGUUGUCUCAAAUCAGGCCUCAUCGGACAAGGAUGGCCUGAAAACGUUGUAAGAUUUAUCAGACCGAAUGAAGAAGAACCAAUAGCCGAUGCUAAAAAUAAUAUUGUACGCAGUUAUUCACCAUUGUCUUCAUUAUCAUCAUCAUCAUCAUCACAAUUAAGUUCAGGACAACCAGAAAUGCGACUCAAACGGAUUACCACCACCACCACCACCACCACUGCCACCACAGAACAACAACAACAACAACAACAACAACAACAACAACAACAACAACAACAACAACAACAACAACAACAACAACAACAACAACAACAACAACAACAACAACAACAACAACAACAACAACAACAACAACAACAACAACAACAACAACAACAACAACAACAACAACAACAACAACAACAACAACAACAACAACAACAACAACAACAACAACAACAACAACAACAACAACAACAACAACAACAACAACAACAACAACAACAACAACAACAACAACAACAACAACAACAACAACAACAACAACAACAACAACAACAACAACAACAACAACAACAACAACAACAACAACAACAACAACAACAACAACAACAACAACAACAACAACAACAACAACAACAACAACAACAACAACAACAACAACAACAACAACAACAACAACAACAACAACAACAACAACAACAACAACAACAACAACAACAACAACAACAACAACAACAACAACAACAACAACAACAACAACAACAACAACAACAACAACAACAACAACAACAACAACAACAACAACAACAACAACAACAACAACAACAACAACAACAACAACAACAACAACAACAACAACAACAACAACAACAACAACAACAACAACAACAACAACAACAACAACAACAACAACAACAACAACAACAACAACAACAACAACAACAACAACAACAACAACAACAACAACAACAACAACAACAACAACAACGAACCUGGGAUGAAUAUUCUAAUCAUCAUUAUCAACAACAAUUUAUUGGCCAUGAUAUUGAAGUCAAUUAUAUACAGAAUAAUUACAUCAACACCCCUUCUGAUGAUGAAGAGAAUAUGAAUUAUUUUUAUUAA